UUGUUGGGUGUGUAGAGAAUUGAAGAUUAUUAUUGUAAGAUAUCAGAAUAACUAAAGAGGGAGCACAAUGAGUUAUAGAGGUCACCCCGCUCGUGGGCGUAGCUCUUUGGGGUACCUCUUUGGCUCUGAUGACACCACACCGGUCCCUCAGCCUCUCCCUAGAAAGAACAUACUUCCAUUGUUACCGCCCUAUGGCACCGACGCCGACACUCUCACCGUCACCGUCAGCCAUAAUAAGCCCCGUAAACCUGCCGCUUCUCCUCCUUUUGCUACCCAAGAUUCAGAAAAAUGCUUAGCAAAUAGUCGAUCAACAAAGAUCAGAUCAUCUCCUGGUGGACGGUCAUCGCUUGGAUACUUGUUUGGAGAUAAUAACUGAUAUUUCUGUACAGAUUGAUGAGGCUUCUGAGAGAAGAAAAUUGAUGCUAUAUAUUUACUGGUGCUUAUAUCUAUGGGGUUCGAAUAAUCCCCUAUUAUAUUUAUAUGUUAAUUUCAUUUGAAGAUGUAAAAAGGUCAGAAAAGUAUGCGAGGCUAAUAAAGGGGAUCGGGUCAUCAUUCAUUUUAUGUUUUUUUGUCUUGGAGGGGAAAAUCGGUGCAGUGUGUGCGUCCCUCUCAUAUGUUAAUCUUAAAUCCUCAAUCAGCUUGAAUUGAAUGCCAGUAAUUCUGUUCUUACUGUUGUAAUUUUUCUACAAACUCGUAUAGAAGUUAUAUACUCU